AUGAUGAAGGCUUCUGGGUUUUGGGUUUUGGUUUUGCUGCUUGGAACAGUUCUAGUACUAGUCCUUAAUGUCUCUAGCAGCAGAAAUGGCAACUCUUAUCCGGAUUUUGUCUUCAACCACACUGGUGAUGGGCCAAAAAGGAUAGCUAUAAGUAGGAAGUUCAAGGAGAAUGGCUACACUCCAAGCACACAGAAGAAGGGCAAUGUCAGAAAUGUGAAUCUGGAUGACUAUCACCCCAUUGAUCCUUCUCCAAGUUCAAAAGCUUCCAUAAAGCCGGGUCCGAUUGAGCACGGCACGCCUAUAAUCCCAUACAUUCCAAAGCCUUUACCUCCUGCUCAACCCAGUCCUGGUGCCACUCCUUAG